CAAAAUAUGAAAUAUUUCAUUAAACUCAACUCUUCCCUAUUAAUCAUCUCCAUUGUAUUAGCAAUUAGUGACAAAUCCCAACAACAUCGGCACAGUUUAAAGCAAAGUUUACACCCAAGUUUACCCCAAAAAACAGGCAAACAACUAGGAGGGAGUGAGUACGAGACAGUAAACAGUGAAUCAAGUUUGAAUGGGCACCCUUUGCUGUUUGAAAUUUUGGAGGAAGCUCCUCAGGAAGCUCAGGAGACUCCUCGAGAAGCCCCUCAAGACGCUCCCCAAAAAUCAUCACAAGAGGGGAGAAGUGGGGGAAGAAUUGUUGGGAAUGCUCCAGUCUCUUCGAAUAAUCAACUUUUUCAAAAAUAUUUGAGUAGAGGCUUGUUAACGUGUGGAACUAAAUAUAUUGGAAUUAUUCAACAAUUGAAUAGACUUAUUAUGACAGCUCACAAGGAAUAUACAGAAUGUCAACAAUUAAUGAAUUCAAAUAAUGGAGAGAAAUUAUCGCCUAAAAUUUCGGCUCAGUUGGAAAUGAUUAAUGAACUUUUGAAUGAUGAUUAA